UUUUUGUUAUAACCCAUGCAGAUUUACUACUGAGGACAGCUACAUACAAGGUGUGCAGUCAUGUCGCUGAGGCAGCGUGAUAGUCUUUCUUCCAACUGCUUGUUAAUCUGUGCAUUGGUAACCCUUGUCUGGAUGUCAGAUCUCUGUGUAGCAGUUCAGCCUCCAGUGAUCACCAGAGAACUACAAUCUGAGUUUGGUAUUGAGGGAGGUGUCAUAGUAUUUGUAUGCCAGGCAUCAGGUGAUCCUGAACCAUCGUUCCGCUGGGAAAAAGGAUCUCGCAAUGCCCAAAACACCAGAUCUGAAAUCUUUCCUAUGCCUUCUGGAUCUGUUCUGAGGAUUGAGCCAUUAAGAGAUGGUCGUGAUGAUGCAGAAUUUCACUGUAUUGCUUCAAACAUCGCUGGAACAGCAAGAAGCACUGCAAGGCUCCAGGUUUAUACAAGUACACGUAUACCUGCUGGUUUUCCAGUGAUCACAAGAGACCCGGUGCUUGAUGUUGUAGAAAAGGGCUUUCCAAUAUUACUUCACUGUGAGGCUGAAGGCAACCCAGACCCAGAAAUCAUCUGGUUCAAAGAAUACAUACCUGUUGAUCUCAGCACAGAGCGAGUCAAGCUUACAUCAUCUGGCUUGUCAAUAAGUGUGUCAGAGUUUUCUGAUCGUGGGAAGUAUCAGUGUGCUGCUAGGAAUUCUGCAGGUAUUCGCUUCUCCAAGACGGCUCUUUUGUAUGUUAGAGUGAGACGGGUGGCACCACGCUUCACCAUUUUCCCUGAGACGCAAGAAGUUGUCCCUGGUGGUAAUGUGAACCUUACCUGUGCAGCCAAUGGUUCCCCAAUGCCUGUCAUUAAGUGGAUGAAAGGUGAUGAGGAUCUGAGUGGUCCUGAUGAUACUCUUCCCCAGGGUAGAAGUGUCCUGGUUUUAAAGAAUGUACAGGAGACUGCAGAGUACACAUGUUAUGCAAUGAGUGACCUUGGAGAGAUUGAACAUACAGUAACAGUGACUGUCAGGACUCGUCCAGACUCUCCACCUGUGCCAACAUUGAGCCAGCAUACUGCUAAUACAGUCACUGUCCAGUGGAUAGCUGGCACUGAUGAACCUAUUAAGACCUAUGUUCUGAAAUAUGAGCCAAGUUCCUCUCCUGGUGCUGCCAAAGAAAUAGCUGGAAUUACUGUCACUGAGUAUACCAUCGAUGACUUGCUGCCUUUCACAGAGUACAAUGUGCGUGUUGCAGCAGUCAAUACAAUAGGUCGGGGAGACUUCAGCAGGGCCUUGACAGUCACUACAGCACAGCUGGCACCUUCAACGGCCCCACGAGAAGUUCGUGCAAGUCCUUUGAGUGCAAGCACUAUACUGGUGCAAUGGACAGCUCCAGAAACACCCAAUGGGAUUGUUAGAGGCUAUAACAUCUAUUACAGCAACACACCCAGUCAGAAUCUGAGCUUCUGGUAUAAACAUUCAGUGGAAGAUGGUACCCAGAGACUGACAACAAUUAGUGACCUCAAUCCAGACCAGAUUUACUCAAUACGUGCUUCAGCAUUUACUGCUAUUGGUGAAGGGCCAGCCUCAAAUGCAGUCCAGGUCAUAACAAAGCAAGGAGUUCCUAGCCAACCCGAAAUGUUUGUUGGUGAAGCCAUCUCUGCAACACAGAUCCGUUUGACAUGGAGACAACGUGAAACUGAGGCUCAGAUUCUCUACUAUGAGCUGUAUUACAAUGACUCAAAAACUGGAAAUGAUGAACAUAGGAGUAUUCCUAAAGCAGAGACAUACACCCUCGAAGAUUUGAAGCCAAACACAGUCUAUAACAUACGCCUUGCUGCAAAAUCCAGGGCAGGGCAGGGAGCUAGCACACCUAUUGUAUCAGUUCGCACAGAACAAGCUGUCCCUGGUGCUCCCCCACAAGAUGUCAAAGCCACUACUCUGAGUUCUACAAGUCUUCGGAUUGAAUGGGAACCACCACCUCAAGACCGCCAAAAUGGCGAUGUAACAGGCUAUAAAGUCAGCUAUGUGAAAGUCCCUCGUAGUGGAGAAGUGGAUACGCAAGACGAAAUGUUACUGGCAGUGGGGCCUAAUGACAGAUCUUGUGUCUUGGUAAAUCUUGACAAGUGGACAAUAUAUCAGAUAACUGUGUUGGCGUCUACAAAGAUUGGGGAUGGGCCUGCAUCCCGGCCAAUAAGUGCUGAAACUGAUGAAGAUGUUCCAGAAGGUCCACCACGCAAGGUUAGUGUUGAAGCCUUGAAUUCAACCACCAUUGCCGUUCGCUGGAGCCCUCCUGUAUUGGAUCGACAACAUGGUGAAAUCCGUGGGUACCAAGUUCACUUUCAAGUUGUGUCUGCUGAUGAAGACCCAUUAGGACCACCCCAAGUCAAGUGGGUUCCACUUCCAGAUAUAAGGGAAAACGCAGAUGAACAGGAAAAAAUUCUGGAAAAUCUUUCCCCCAAGACUUACUAUUCAAUUGAAAUUGCUGCCUAUACCAUCAAAGGAGAUGGAGAACGUAGCAGACCAAAACUAGUACAAACUCCAGGACAAGUUCCUGGACAACCCAAAAGGUUUGUGGUAGAGAGAAUUGAGAGUGGUGACUACCAUGCCCAUUGGGAGAGGCCUGAUGAUACCCAUGGAGACCUGCUUAUGUACAAAUUGAGCUACCAGACCAGUACCAGUAGACCUCUGUAUCGGGAGAUUAGACCUCCAGCCACUGAGUUCUACCCUAUUACUCUUAAUAAGGGUCAGAGAUACAUCUUCACAUUGGCUGCAAAGAACAGUGAAGGGUAUGGUCUUCAAGCAGAAACUGAUGUUAUCACACCUGAAGGAAAACCUACAGGCGCCCCACAAAACUUCACUGGGAGGGCAUUAACUAGUACAUCUAUACAAUUGUCCUGGUCCAAACCAUCUGAUGAGGAGAGUAAUGGAGUAAUCACACUCUAUAGUAUACUCUAUUACUUGGAGAAGGAACCAGGGCAAGAGUUUACCAAUGACACUGUCAACACUCAGGUCACCUUCACUAACUUGAAGCCUAGCACACAGUAUGUCUUCAAAGUGAGGGCUCAUACAGGAGUUGGCUCAGGUCCCUAUGGAACUGAAGUGAUUCUUGUCACACCACAUCCAGCUCCUAGAGAAGCACCGCGUUAUGUCCAUGCUAAGCCAGUCAGCACAACCUCCAUCCUAGUUGAGUGGAAACCACCUCUUGACAUUGAUAGUAGUCGCCCUGGCUUGACUUACAUUGUGUACUACACAAGUGGGUCUGUAGAUUCAAAUCUUGACAGCUGGCAACGGAGAGUUGUUGGUAAUUUUCACUCUGAAGAGAUAAGUGGUUUGGAGCCCAAAACAGUCUACGCUAUAGUAGUGCAGCUUCAAACCCCUGAGGGCAACUCUCCACGCUCAUACGUUGAGCGUGCAACAACACUUAAGGAAGAAUCAACUGCACCAGACAGAUUUCAGGCUGAGCUAAAAGAUGGAAAUUCUGUCAAGCUUGUUUGGGAUACGCCAUCUAGCACAGAUGGUUCCACCACAGGAUACAGAAUUGUGUAUGCCACAAGCCCCCAGGGACAGAAGGAGCACCCAGAUCACGUUGAUGAAGGCCAAAGCGUUACUCUGACUAAUGAACACAGGACUUUCCAUAUAUCUGCUUUGAAACCAAACAUGGAGUACCAAUUCAACAUCACAGCUGUUACUGAGACUGGAAGUAGUCCCCCUGCCACUGUCUUGGUACAUACGAGGCGGGCUGCCCCCAAUCAUGUGCCCAUUCCAGAAGUGGAUAUGGCAUUAACCACAGCCACGACACUGACAAUCACAAUUCCACCGCUAGAUUCAAGGAAUGGCCAAAUAGAUAACGUUUUGAUUGUGGUGGUUCCUCUUGAUGGGCCCAGCCUUCCAACAGGCUCUCCUAGCGAUUACUCUAUGGAUGAGUUGUUGCCUUCCUCUGGCCAUAGAAACCAGCGAGAUACAUCAUUGCGCAAGCGUCGGGCCACCAGUAAUUCCCUUCCAUACAUUACUGCUUAUCUCCUUGCAAGUGAGCUGACUGUGCCCUUUACCAUUGGAGAUGAGCGCUACAUCAAUGGGUUUCAUAAUAGGCCACUUGAGGAAAACCGUUACUACACAUUCUUCAUAAAAGCUAGAGUUUUAUCUGAAGAUGAGGAGUUGUUAGUUGCUUCUAGUGAUUAUAGCCAUCCAGUACAAGUUAAGAAAAGAAUCAGUACUGCACCUGGUGGUAAUAAUGGCACACCAGAACCAAACCGCUCCAACCCUAGCAAAGAACCUAGUGACAGCAGUUCAAUGCCAGCCAUCAUCGGAGCAGUCAUUGGUGUCAUCAUUCUCCUGGUCAUCAUCGUCAUUAUUAUAAUCUUCCUUAGGAACAAGAGGAGAAGUGGACCCACUGAGCGUAGACCGAAGCGUAAGGAAGUCAAGUCGACAAACCCAUCUGACCCAGUAGAGAUGAGAAGAAUGAACUACCAAACACCUGCUAUGAUGUCGCAUCCUCCCAUUCCUGUUAUGGAAUUGAGUGACCACAUUGAGCAUCUCAAGAGCAAUGAAAACCUCCUCUUCUCCCAGGAAUAUGAGUCCAUUGAACCAGGUCAGCAGUUCACAUGGGACCAUUCUAAUCUAGAAGUAAACAAGCCCAAGAAUCGCUAUGCAAAUGUGAUUGCAUAUGACCACUCCCGGGUCAUCUUGUCACGUGUUGAUGGUCUGCCAGGCAGUGACUAUCUCAAUGCUAACUAUUGUGAUGGUUACCGUAAGCAGAAUGCUUAUAUUGCUACACAAGGACCAUUACCAGAAACACUUGGUGACUUUUGGAGAAUGGUGUGGGAGCAGCGUACAUGCACACUUGUGAUGAUGACCAAGUUGGAAGAGAGAAACCGUGUCAAGUGUGAUCAGUACUGGCCUAGCAAGGGACAUGAGACAUAUGGAGAUAUUCAGGUCACCUUGCAUGAUAUGACGGACUUGGCUACUUACUCCGUUCGCAACUUUUCUCUGAUCAAUAUUAAGAAACCAGCAGAGAAACGGGAGGUUCGUCAGUUUCAGUUCACAGCCUGGCCUGAUCAUGGUGUUCCUGAGCAUGCUACACAGGUUCUGGCAUUUGUUAGUCGCAUCAAAGCCUGUAACCCUCCUGAUGCUGGGCCAAUUGUGGUCCAUUGCAGUGCCGGAGUGGGUCGCACUGGAGCCUUCAUUGUAAUCGACUCUAUGUUGGAGAGGAUCAAGCAUGAGAAGACAGUGGAUAUCUAUGGUCAUGUCACCUGUCUCCGUGCACAGCGUAACUACAUGGUACAGACUGAGGAGCAGUAUAUCUUCAUCCAUGAGGCUUUAUUAGAGGCAGUGCUGAGUGGAAACACUGAAGUACCAGCAAGGAAUCUUUAUUCCCACAUUCAGAAACUGACACAAACUGAGCCAGGAGAAACCAUUACAGGAAUGGAGAGCGAGUUCAAGCGUCUGGCCAAUCAGAAGGCUCUGCCAUCGAAGUUUGUGAGUGCAAAUCUACCAGCCAACAAGUUUAAGAACCGAUUGGUCAACAUUCUUCCAUAUGAAUCAACUCGUGUCUGUUUGCAGCCAAUACGUGGCGUUGAGGGUUCUGACUACAUCAAUGCAAGCCAUAUCGAUGGCUAUAAGCAGAAGAGUUCGUAUGUUGCUACCCAAGGGCCCCUUGCAGAGACCACUGAAGACUUUUGGCGUAUGCUGUGGGAGCAGAAUUCAACCAUUAUUGUCAUGCUGACCAAGUUGAGGGAAAUGGGACGGGAGAAGUGUCAUCAGUACUGGCCCGCUGAACGGUCUGCUAGAUACCAGUACUUCGUUGUUGAUCCAAUGUCUGAGUACAAUAUGCCACAGUACAUCUUACGGGAAUUUAAGGUCACUGAUGCUCGGGAUGGACAGUCACGAACCAUUCGUCAGUUUCAGUUUACUGACUGGCCAGAUCAAGGGGUUCCCAAGUCAGGAGAAGGUUUCAUUGACUUCAUUGGCCAGGUUCACAAAACCAAGGAACAGUUUGGCCAGGAUGGACCGAUCACAGUUCAUUGCAGUGCUGGUGUUGGACGCACUGGUGUGUUUGUCACACUCAGUAUUGUUCUUGAAAGAAUGCGAUUUGAGAGUGUUGUGGACAUGUACCAGACAGUGAAGAUCUUGCGAACUCAGCGUCCAGCUAUGGUCCAGACAGAGGAUCAGUACCAGUUCUGCUACCGAGCAGCCUUUGAAUACCUUGGAUCAUUUGAUCACUUUACAUAAAGCAGAAUGUAGUCAAGACCAACUCAUACUGCUCGUCAUACAACUCGUACAGUCUAUACUAUCCUGACGACAAUUGUAAAUAGCACGUUGAUGCAUUUCCCUGUAGAAUCCUUGCUAUUUUUGUGGUUGCGGGUUUUCAAUUUGAUAUAAAUGGGGCAUUUGCCUGGCUUGUUGCGUAGUUGGCAAAUUUACUACUAUCAUUUCAUUGGCUCAUCUCCUCGCUGCUGGGCGUUAUAGUUGUGAAUAUGACAAGUUGGUGAGUCAGGGUAAUGAGCCAACUUAUCUGACUGGUUUAUGUUACAAAAUCUACAUUGCAUUAUACUAAUGUAACAAAAGUGAGUAUUACAAAUUGGUCCGAGAGGUUAAACUUUGAAAUGCCAAUACUUCUGAAAUGCCAAGAAACAAAUUUACAUGAAAACAAUUGCCUUGAGUAUCAAAAGCACAGUGAAAUCAAUUGGUCAUCAUGUUUGGUGACUUGACUUGGCACACACACUGACACAUCAGUUAUUUAUAGGGUGUCUUUAUAAUGAACAAUCAGGCAACAAUACUAGAAUAUAAUCCAAUCAUUGGAUGAAUUAUUUUGAUUUGAUUAAUUCAAAGAAAAGUACUUAUGUUGUAAAGUAAAGUUUACCGCUAACAGCUUCAGUUUAUAGCUUAUUUUGUAAUAUUCUUGAAAUAUGUCUUGCAGUAAGAAGUAUUUUGUACAAUGUUUACAUUUUAAAGAAUGGGUGUUUUUUUAAGUUGACUUUCUGUGUAUGGAUGUAGACUAGAGGUUAAUUUGAACAUAUCUCCAGCUUGGAGGUAUUCAAUUGGUGCUGGGUACAGUGUUAAUGUUCAUGCUUUUCUAAGGACUUGUAGGUGACUUGUAUGUAGCAUUGAUCUAGUGUUAAAGUAAAGAACAAGAUGUCAUUUUGGAAGUGUUUGUAAUAUUUUGUAGACUAAUUGGCUGUACCUAGGAAGUUGUAUUGGUUUGUGUGUAUGACACUUGAAGUUGAGUGAUUGCAUGAUCGCCAGUAAUUGGUUUAGUUGAUAACAUUUAUAUGAUGCCUCAUUUUAAUUGAUUUCAGUACUUGAAUUGUUAAAGCUGCAUUCAUUAUCAAGUAACUUGUGUAGUUAAUUGAGUAUAUCUUUAAAGCUUACCUUUUGUAACAAAAAAAAUGUAUUCAUUUGAUUUUGUAUUCAGUAUGUCUUAGUUAGAAUUUAAAAGCGAUACAGCCAAAGUUCUGAUAUUCAACCUUUAUUCAGAUGACAUAAUUCAACUUCCAGUUCAGACAUGAAAAAGAAUUUAAAAAAAAAAAAAAGUGUAGGUUGUAAUUUGAUUUUGUCUUAACCCUUGCUUUAAUACAUAUUCAUGACAAGUACACAGUGUUCCUGUAUAUUCAGAUGAUGUAGUUUCUCUACCACUUAGAUCAAUGUAGUUAUGUUUGGGCUGCAAGAAAGUCUUGGCAUGUAAGUGGUCCUAUUUAUGGCACGUGGGCAUUCUCAGGAUGUAGUUCUUGAAGAAACUUUUAGGACUUUGCACAAUUUAAAGAAUCAAUGUGAUGUUUGAUCAAUCUUCUUUUCCUUUCCAUUGUUGCAUAUUUUAUUUUAAAGGUACCCAAUGCAAAUAAAGUACAGAUAAAGGGCUUUUUGUCGCAACACUGUUAAAGAUGAAAGAUGAAAAAAACAAUUUUGGGGGGUUUUGCUUUUUUGGGGGGGGGGGGCAUUUCACAGUGUAAGAGGGUACAUUUCAGUUUGGAAUUUUAAACCCAGAAAAAAAAUUUUUUUUUUUUUUUUUAUAAAUGGAACAAAACUUCACAAGAGUCUUGUAGCUGCACAUAAUGGAACUUAUGAUAGGUGCUUAGUUUGAGCCAAAGGGGAUAUACAUGCAUUACUCAGCUAAUCAAGUUGUCUUCCAUCUGCUUUCAUGAAGAUAGCCACUUCCACUCUAUCAUGCCCAAUAAAUGCAGAUUGAGAAAUUUAGACUCGCCUUUGUUCAUCUUUUAAGAAGUAAUUGGACAUUUAACAAAUAAGAUUUGAAACUUUGCAUGGCGGUAGUGUCAACUAGUGAGGAUUUGCAGUCUCAAAAGAGAACGAGAUUCUUCCACAUGGUGUUACUGCAACCCUCAUUAGUUCAUUUAACAAAUGUAAUGUAAUGAUGUAAUUGGGGCAUUUUAGAAUGUUUUAUAUUUCUUUUUGUACAUAACAUGCAAUUGGUGCUUCUGAAGUUGAAUGUAGGAUAGAUAGUGUACAAUGAUCAGUUGUCAAAGAUUUUGUACGUAUUUGAUAGAAAAUUUAGCAUGGGUAAUUUCCUCCCUCUGAAAUGUUGAAAAGUGUGUAUGAGAACGUUGAUUGCAUACUGAUAACAACCAUCAGAGUCAGAUUAUAAGAGAAUGGUCAACGGCAAGGUGACUAGUCAACAUUCAAUAUUGGUUGGAAUUAUUGGGAUCAUAUUGCAUAUUCAAAUCUGGCUGGAACUCACUACAAUCACACUGAGUAAUUGUCAUUGUUUGCUAAGUUCAUACAUUGUUAGUGGGACAUAUUCGAAGUAGAAGUGUCAUAGGAUUGUUGACCCCGUGGUUGAAUACACUAGAACUAUAACACUGAAAUGUAUUUGGCUAUUUGCAUGGCUGCAUUGUACAGGUACUAUGUAUAGCCCCUUUUGGGUUUGCAUGAGAAUGGUAUCAUUGUUGGUGUAAAUGUUCUAGAAAUAGAACAGGAUGUAUAGAAUAAUGUUCCCAUAUAUUGACAGCUUUCUUUUUGUGGUGUUGAGGUCGAGUCCACAAUUCUGCCCAAGUCAAGUGGCAAGUUAUUCACAUUUCUGUAAUAAGUACAUCCUCUUGUUCAUUCACUUGUGACUUGACUUGUGCUGGACUUGACUACAACACUGCUGUCAUAUUUUAAUACCACGCCUUCCUCAUUUUCAUAGUAUGCAAUCCCUUCCUUGUUUUGUGAAUGUCUGCUUCGUUUGAAGUUGUGUAAGUUUUGCUAUGAAUGAGUAAGGUGCUAUGGGGCAGUUUUGUGAGUUUGGGCUCAUGAGUACCAAUGAUGUUUCAGUGAAGUACUAUGCAGGGCGGUCCAAAACAAAACAAACGCAACCUCAUACUUCCACUAUUCAGAGACCUGCACUAUUGAUAUGUAUGGAUAGGACAUUUUGUUGGAAGGAAAAUGAUACCAAAGACUCCCGAUUCGGUCCAGUAGUUUUGAUGCCAGUGCUUUUCUUAUGAACCAAAGUCAUGGGCUCUAAUUAGGAUUAUCGCACACAGUGAACAAAAGGAUUAUCUUAACCCCUGACAUUGGUUCACAAAAAUGGCACUGGAAUCAAAACUACUGAACCAAAUCGGGAGUUCUUGGUAUCAUUUUCCUUCUAACAAAAUUUCCUAGCCAUACAUAUUAAUGGUUUAGGUUGCUGGAUAUUGGAAGUAUGAGAUUGCAGGGUUUUUUUGGACCACCCUGUAUAUGCAUGAGAAACGUGUCAUGCAUAACAAACCUACAAUAACGAUUUGCUUAUCGUUAUGAUUAUGCUACCUCCUUACACUUACUACAUCCGACACUAGGGUUUUUUAAUUGAUAAUUUUUCUGUAUCCUGAUGAACUUAGUACAGAUAUUUUUUAUGUUAACUUAUUCAUAUAACUAUCAAGAAAUAAAAAUACAUUCAAGCCAUUGUAUUCAGUACAUCAUUUAGGUCAAGAAGAAGGUAUACAGAAGGUAUACAGAAAGUAAGUUGUACAAUGUUUGAAGUAGCACUUUGAUCACAAAAAUAUCGAGUAUUGCUGCAGAAUAAGUUUUCAUUUCUGUUUUGAAAAUAUGUUGCCACAUAAGCCACUUGUUGGAAAGAAGGCAGGGAAUGGCGAGCGUCAAAUGAUACACAAAACGUGUUUAAAUUUGAAAACUGUUUUGAAAAAAUUCAAAUUAUAUGACUUAACUGUAGUACAUAAAUUAAUGUGUAUUUGUCAAUGGUUAAGACAGUGUUGGCAAUGUGUUGAUUUGGUAGUAUGGUAAGUUUACCAGCUUGUCUCAGUUUUCUACUUAACAUGUACAUGUACUUUGUAGCCGGUAGUCGACCUUACUUAUGGUUUACCGAGUGUGAUGUAAAAAUCCAUUUUGUCUUAUGCAUAAUUCAAUAGCAAUAUGAUGCCGACUCUACAGACACUGGAUUUUGUAGUAUUUACAUGUAAAAGUGAUGGAACUUUAUGAGCAAGAUAGCUAUUCACUUUAAUGCUUCAUUAUUACUGCUUUUAAUACGUCAAUUUUAAAUGUACAAGUUAAUUAGCAUAGUUUUUAUUAUUGUAUACCCACCAAUGCUUAGUUUUACCUGGUGUUAAGUCAAGAUGCAUUCAUUGUGUACAUGUGCUCAAAUUUUGUAUCAAUUAAAAAAAAAUCCAAUACUAAUGUA